CGUUCGUAGACAGCUGCAUACAUGACUUUGCGGCCCAUUUCUUUCUUUCUCGCUGUAGAAUCAACUGCAAUGGGACAGCGAAAGCGCAAGGGCAGUGCGGAGACGCGUCAAACAUCUGCGUGCGUUCGGACAAGCAACGCGUGUGGGUUUGUCCGAACGGCGGCGGCGCACCUUCCGCUCCCCAAAGGACAGCAGAAAGAACCCCCCCUCCCCUCUCGGGUGCACACUCCGUUUCCGUUCCUUCGUUCUCUUGCAUAGAGUAUCAGACCCCCGCCGCUCGUAGCCAGGAUGACCGUCGCUGCCCCACAACAAUCAGCAGUGCUCCCGCCCGAACUGGAAGACCUCAGCAGGUUCACAACAGAACUCGCAAAAACCGAAUUCUGGUUCCAACAACAACGGACCGACUGGGUCAACAAAUACGCCGACACCAACAACCACAAUGACAACUCCAACAAUGAUGACGACGAAAAUGUAGUCUUGGGCAAAGGCACCUCCUUCCCCGACACAGACCGCACGGAGCGGCUGGAUAUUCCCGCGCUGUUGAGGGCGCAGCCGAGGAAUGUCGAGGCUGAGUGUCGGUUUCACGAGGAACUGUUCAAGAAACUCAAAUUCACCUAUGUGGAGCAAAAAGCGAAAGACGGGUUCUUGAAACGGGUGCUGGAUGUUCCGCCGAAGUUUCCGACUGAGGAGGAGGUGCAGAUUUUGGAGGCACGCGCGGCAAAAGAGAAGGAGCUGUUGAGGGAGAAGAAGGCGUCGAUCAAGAAGAUGCGGGAGGAGGUGGGGAAGCUGGUUGAGUUGGCGUAUGAUGGGCAAGCGGCGUUGAUUGAGCAGAGUGUGGCGGCUGCGGCUACGGUGGAUGACUUCACUAUGCUGCAACGGGAGCUGCAAAGUUUGAAUGCGAGGACUGAACCACGAGUGGAUGCGAUCGAAGAACAGCAGAGCAUAGUAGAUUCUCAAGCCAAAACCCUCACCGAACUCCGCGACCAACUAAUCCACUGGCAGUCCACCCUCACCUACCGCCAAUCCAAAAACGACACAACCCAAUCCCACGUCUCGCAACUCGCCACGCAACGCGCAUCCGCCGACACCGCCGCCGCCGAAGCGCUACGGAUCGCCCAAUCCAAAGACCCGCAACUCGAGGAGCUUGGACGAUUCUACAAGGAGCAGACGGCCUUCUUGAAGACGCUGCAGGGGGUCACGGAUAUACGCCACCCGAGCGCGGAGGGCAUCGAGGUUGUCUGGGAUCGGGGCGAGGAUGCGUUUGCGGUGCUGGUGACGUUCAGGAGGGAUGCGGGGAGGGCGAGUGGGUGGGUUGUUGAUGCGCAGUUCACAAACACACCCUACCCCUAUCCCCUAACCGCCCUCCUCCAAACCGCCAACACCCAUCCCACCCUCGACUCCACCCUCCGCUACCUCACCGCCACGAUCCCACUGCGCACACGCAACCACAUCGCCCGUGAGCGCGAACUAGCCCAUCUCACAACCGACGGUCUCCACCCCGACAUGCAUAUCAGCUACGACUCGCACACGCGGCAGGUGGUUGUGCAUGUCGACACAACUGGACGCACGUUUGUGCUGUUUUUGGGGGAGGGAUAUCCGGGAAGUGGGAUGGAAGGGGUGGAAGUUGUAGGCGUGGAGCCGAGAGUGAGUGAAAGUGAGGGUGUGGAGGGGUGGACGGACCGGCUGAGAGCGAGUGGGGCAAGGUGCUUCAAAGAUGUCUUGGGUUUGUUGCAGUGAGGAGGGGAUGUGGGAUCAGGGUUUGAUUAGGAUGGAAAGGAGUUGUUGCAGGUGUACCGUAUAUGUAUGUGUAGAUGGCCUCGUGUGGUGUUGACGAGUGGGGCGACGUGCUUGGCAGUCUUGCCAUUGUUGCGGUGAACUGGAUUGGGAGUAGGACGGAAGCAGGGACGGAAGGCCGUCCUUCACGCGUACUUGGACAGACACUCCUUCGUUCAACCGCAUAUUUGGAUCGAGCUACGACAUCCUGAAUACAAUGCUGGAAAAACUUUCUCAUGGCUGUUGCUGAGGAAAAGAUAACAUGUUUGUUGGCGCGGAAUGUUGAGGUGGUUGCCCCCCAUCAGCGAUGCCCAACACAUAGUGACUCCUGC